AUGCUCAGUAAUCCAUAUUUUAAGUCCCUAUUAUGGCUAAUUGGCUUUGGUGGCAUGGGCUAUGGCUUAAUGCUGCUAACCGAACCGAAUGCCGAUAAAAUAGAACGCAUAAAGGCCUCCGGUGCGAGUUCAAAAACACUAAGUGCAGAUGACCAGAGGAAGGCACUGUUUAUGAAAAAGCUGCAGGAGGCGGCCACCACAAGUAGUCCAGUCUACAGAACAUCGGUGGACAAAAAGGAUAGCUAAAGGCUUUUUCAAUUACAAUUUACCAAUUUGUUAUAUCUUAAAAUAUAAAUGUUAAGCAUUUAAAA